AUGUAUGCUGACGACUCAACAAUAUAUUCUAGUGCUAAAACAAUUGAAGAACUAAAUGUUAAACUAACUCAUGAUAUGUCUAAUGUUCAUACGUGGUGUACCAAUAACAACAUGGUAAUUAAUAACAGUAAAACUAAAGCAAUGGUUAUGACAACUUGCCAGCGUGCGGCCACGUUAAAUUCAAAUCUACAUGUUCAGUUUAAUGGAGUGAAGCUAACAAACACUGAGAAUGAAAAAUUGCUUGGAGUUAUUGUCAAUAACAACUUAUGUUGGAAACUACAGAUUGAUAAAGUAGCAAGAUCGCUAAACAAGGGAAUACAUCUGUUAAGACAAAUAAAGGAAUAUUUGCCAAUACGUUUCAGAGUCCUUUACUAUAAAUGCUUUUUACAACCUCACAUCGACUAUUGUUCGACAGUUUGGGGUCAAUCGACUGACGUAACAAGAAUACACAAGCUUCCAAAAUUGGCUAUGAGAAUUGUUUAUGAUCAACCAAGACUAACAUCAUCUGGACCACUACUUAAAGCAGCUAAA